CAUUUUUUCUCGGUGUAAACCAGGAACAUGUAUAUUGUACAAGAGGCUAUUGUGAUUCGUUGCGGACCUGUUUUAUACAUGUUGCCGGGCCGAGUGGAGAUUUUCCGGCCCAUCGUGCUCAGCCCUGGUGCAUGGCGGUCCUGGAGCGGACUCAGUGACAAGUGAUUCAUACAGGGUAGCGAGUGCACUACACUAUCGUCAACAACAUGGAAGCAGCAACUAGUGACGACAGCCAGCCAAAGGCACUGGAUGCUGCCGCUAUGGCAACCAACGAGCAGGAAGUGAUCGGGAUGUUACUGGCCCAGUCAGGGGACGGCACCAUGCAGCUACACACAGCUAAUGGUGGCACAGAAGACCACCAGAUAGCUGUCUCCCUGGCAGAGGGUGUAUCUACAGCCCGUGCAGACCUCGGACAUAUGUAUCUGUCCUCAGAUGGCAAGACGCUGCACAUGGUGGACGGUCAGUCACUCCAGGCAGUAACACUGGCCGACGGGACAACUGCGUACAUUCAGCACAACCCAACUAAAGAUGGGAAACUGGUAGAAGGCCAAGCUAUUCAGCUGGAGGAUGGUACAACAGCUUAUGUACAGGCUGUUCCAGCAGAUACAACAACCAUGAAAGAGCCUGACCCCACAGGUUUCCAGAUGUCGGAUGGACAGGCAGUACAGUUAGAGGAUGGCACCACAGCGUACAUCCACCACGCACCUAAAGGUUUUGAGGGUACCACAGUGCAGGCAGUACAGCUGGAGGAUGGCACCACAGCGUACAUCCACACACCUUCUACUGUGCUACAGCAUGGGGAGGGAGUGUUGCAUGCUGGGGACGCAGGUCUGGACAACCUGCCAGGCAGUUCUGACGAGGGCGUUGACCCCACCUCCAUCAGUGCACUGGAACAGUACGCAUCACAGGUGAGCGGAGGGGAUCAGACCGUCAGCCAAUCAGACGGUGCGGUAACAUCCACCACCAUCACCACCCUCCCCCAUGAUGACGGGUCCUCCAUGGUGCCCACCCCUACUACUACCUCAGCCGCCGCCCUGCUGCCUGAUCAGACUCACAUCACGUUUGAAAAAGCCAGGAUCCUACAGAUCACCCAGUCUCCAGGCCCCAGGACCAGCAUGAAGGCUGCCCAGCUGGGUGAGAAGGCGUUCCGCUGUGAGUUUGAGGGAUGUGGCAGACUCUACACCACCGCACACCAUCUCAAGGUCCACGAGAGAGCCCAUACUGGAGACCGUCCCUACAAGUGUGAACACCAGGGCUGUGAUAAGGCCUUCGCUACCGGCUACGGUCUGAAGAGCCACACCAGAACACACACAGGGGAGAAACCAUACAAAUGCCCCGAGGAAACCUGCACCAAAGCCUUUAAGACAUCAGGGGAUCUUCAGAAACACGUACGAACACACACAGGUGAACGGCCGUUCAAGUGUCCGUUUGAGGGCUGUGACCGUUCCUUCACCACGUCCAACAUCCGUAAGGUCCACAUCCGUACACACACCGGGGAACGGCCCUACAUCUGUAACAUAGAGGGCUGUGGCAGGUCCUUCGCUUCCGCAACUAAUUUCAAGAACCAUUCCCGCAUUCAUACAGGUGAGAAGCCUUACGUCUGCACGGUACAAGGCUGUGGUAAGCGGUUCACAGAGUACUCCAGUCUGUACAAACACCACGUGGUGCACACCCACUCCAAACCCUACAUCUGUAACCACUGUGGGAAGAACUACCGCCAGACCUCCACACUAGCCAUGCACAAACGGACCGCUCACGGAGACAACGAAGCCAUGGAGGAGGGCGAGGAGUCGGCACAGUUUUACGCAGCACCAGUAUUCCAGAGUGGCUUACCAGAAGGUUUGGCAGUAGUGACGUCAGCAGAUGGCACCAUGUCCACUCAGGAGGGGCAGACUGUCACCAUGGUAACACAAGACGGACAGCAGAUCACCAUGGUAACAACAUCAGAAGGCAUGGCAGUGGCGGCAGACCCCUCCACACUGGCAGCUAUGCAGGUGGAAGGUGUGACUACUACAACAGGAGAUGCCGCUCCGGUUACCAUGGUAACACAAGAUGGACAGCAGAUUGCCAUGGUUACGGCCAGCGAGGCAGCUUCCAUCACAGCAGAGCCCGGGUCAGCACUGGCAGCCAUGCAGGCUGCUGCAGAAGAGGCUGCGGCCAGUGCUGCAGCCGCCUCCGCAGCCUCGUCCAGCCAGUCCAGCAGCGAGGCCAUCAGCAGCAGUGCGGACAUCAGCCAGCAGCCGGACUCUCAGGAGGCUGACCAGGGCCUGACACAGAUGGAGGACGGGUCCAGGAUAGCUGUGGAGAGUGCACAGGCAACCCUGCUGCAGUUAGCUGAGCAGCAAAACUUAACCAUCAGUGUCACAGGGGUACAACCAGAUGACGGCACAGCCAGUGCAGAGGCAGAACCCUCUUCAGCCUCGGGGGGUGAUGACCAAAUGCCGGAACAGCCUGACAGUACAGCCUACCCAGACGGCUCCAUAGUCGGUUAGCAGUGAGCAGGAAGCUAACAAUGUUUGUAUUUGGAAACAUUUUGUACAACUACUGUUUUGAUGUAUGAUAUUGGCUAUGUUUUCUCAGCACAUUUCUUUUCAACUUUGUACUUUAUUUUUUGUUAUCUUUUUUGAACUUGUUUAAGGAAACCGUAAUGAGCUGUGUUGGGUAUGAUACUGGCUUGUAAAGAAAAGUAGAAAACAGAAUGUUGUAUAUGUAUACUGGUAAGAGCUCAUUGUUUGAGUGUAGCACUGAUUCUUGUACCCAGAACAGUAAUGUAGACAAGAGGAAAAGUAAAGCAUAUUUAAAGGUGGAUGACUUAAUGAUAUUAUGAAGACGAUCUUGCUUGGUUUGCAGGAAAAGAAUAAUAUUGAAAGAAGGAAACUUAAGCUUGCUAACAUCAGGUUACCAUGAUAAGAGCCCAGGUACUUCAGGGAUCCAGCUUCAAGUUUCAGGCAGGCUUUAACAAAUUUGUCACAAAUAUACACGCACAUGUGCCGACUUUUUACUGUAAUUUUUUUUCAAGGAUAGCCACUGUGGAACUCAACAUGUACACUAUGUAAACUUGAAAAUGUAGGAAAGGAAACAAAUAUAUGUAGCUUGUGCAUGUGUUUUGGGUACCAAGUGUAGGGAAGGAAAUGAUUGAUGUAUAGUAUAUUUGGAGACCUGGUAUGUCUGGAAGGUUGAAAUGAAAUGAAUUUGAAAUGCUGCAUUCUUUAUGUCAUUGACAAUUUGUGUAAAUAGAGAGUUUGAGUGAUCUUUUCUUUGGUGUAACAUUUUCAACAUGGUUCCACUUUUUUUUAUAUUACAAAUGUUGAUAAAAAUCUGUAUGUAUUGUACAUGUACUUACUGUUGAACUGAGUAGGUGGUUGUUUACCUGUAAAGUUGUAUGUCCAUUUACCUAAUUUAUUUGUUUGUUACUCUCUAUUCACUAUUUCUAACAUAACAUGUUUGAGCAACAGU